AGUUAGGGUCAGGCUUGUCAGCUGUAGGGACAGUCCUCUCUGCCUGUGUUCUUCCUGAGGGGACAGAGGGAGGGCUGGACCUGGAGGUGACAGAAACACUAAGGCAUUGGGGGUGGGGGCUGUGGCCCGCAUGGAGUCAGACCACUUGGGGCUGGAGCCCAGAGACUCCCUGGGUGGGAAUAGGGCAGGAGGCUCCUGGCACCCCAGGAGCAGGAAUGUCAAACACGCAGCCCCCAGUCAGAAGGCCCGGGAGACUGGGUGGGGCCUGACUCAGCCUUGGGGAGGCCCUGGAAGUCUGAGGUUCUGGCCUUUCCUCUCUCCCUGACCCUGGCAGGGGAAACCUGGGCCAGAGCCCUCCCUGAGGCAAGCUGGGCUGGGUCAGGGGGUUCAAGCUGCAGGAGAAGGAGGUGUAUUUCUACUUACAGGUUUUUCUAGCCCUGGGCCUGACCAGAAGGGUUGAGGAACCAGCUCUUCCAGGCCAGAGGUGCCGGUGAGGGGGUGGCCCUAAGAAGUGGCCAGGGAAGAGAGGCCGCCAUGGGACUCCCCCAGCAGCCACUAGGCUCGUGGCUACUGCUCCUGACAGUGCUGGCUUGGCCCUGGCUCGGCCUUGGCCUGGAGUUGGUGGCCUACACACCGCAGAUCACAGCAUGGGACCUAGAAGGCAAGGUCACAGCCACUACAUUCUCCCUAGAGCAGCCACGCUGCGUCCUGGACGGCCAUGCCCGGGCCAACGACACCAUCUGGCUGGUGGUGGCCUUCAGCAAUGCAUCCACCGGCUUCCGGAACCCACAGAGCCUGGCUGACAUCCCGGCCUCUCCACGGCUGCUGACCCAUGGCCACUACAUGACACUGCCCCUGGCCCUGGCCCAGCUGCCCUGCGAAGACCCUGUGGAGAGGAACGGGGGCGUCCCUGUGCUCCGCGUGGGCAAUGACCCUGGCUGUCUGGCUGAUCUCUGGCAGCUGCGUCAUUACUGCAAUGCCCCCCUCCCAGGACCUGGGCCCUACAGGGUGAAGUUCCUUCUGAUGGAUGCCAAGGGCACCCCGCAGGCUGAGACCAGGUGGUCUGACCCCAUCACUCUCCACCGUGGACAGACCCCCAGCUCCGUGGACACCUGGCCGGGGUGGCGCAGUGGGGACAUGAUUGUCAUCACCUCCAUCCUGCCUGUGCUCGCCGGCCUCCUGCUGCUGGCCUUCCUGCUGUCUGCCUCCACACGCUUCUCCAACCUGUGGUGGCCUGAGGAGGCCCCGGGGCAGCUACGCAUUGGUUCCUUCAUGGGGAGACGCUACCUGACACACCACAUCCCGCCCAGCGAGGCCGCCACCCUGCCUGUGGGCUGCGAGCCCAGCCUGGACCCACUGCCCAGCCUCAACCCCUAGGCCCUCCCUUCUCUGCACCCCAAGCGCCCCCUCCUCACCCAGCACAAGCCCACCCACCCCUGGCACUCCCAGCUCUGCCUGCCUCCUGGACAGACGUGCAGAGCCCAUCCCGACAAAAGCGUGCAGACCUCAGCAUCCCUUGCUGCACCCACCCCAAGCGCUGACCUUGGAGGGGCCUCUAUACCCCACUAACCACCCAUUUUUCUGGAACCUGCUACCAUUGAGGGUUGUCAUGCCUCACCCUGGGGCUCCCACUCCCCCAGAGUAUCAGCCCAAUGGGCUCUUGGGGGCCCAGGACCUCCCCCCACCCCCCCAUCCCCCGCAGGAAGACAUGACUCAAGUCAGGGUCAUCUGAGUGCCUGCAAUUCCUGCCACAGCCACACAGGGGUGCCAGCGUCUGUCACUCAGCUUGCACCCAAGCAUACAGGUUCCCAGAUGGGGAAACUGAGGCUGGUGACCUGCCUGUCUCUCUGUGUCCUUGCCUCUCCCUCUACCAAGAGGCGCUGCUCUGACCCAGGCUUCUGCCCAUCACCCCAGCACUACUAACCCUAAUGUCACUUUGGGGGUGCCUCAGGCACCGGAGCCUCCCCACCACCACCAGCAGCACAGUUUCUGUGGACUGAGCAGCACCUCUGCCAGGUGGCCAUUUCGGAACAGUCUGCUUCCCAGACUCAGGAAGCCCGCUCCCCGGGGGGCCUGUCCCCCAUCCUGCCUGCACCCCUGGCAGCCGCAGACCCUGCCCCUGUGCAAACAGGAAGGUGGCACUGAGGACAGCACUGGACUCUCACUCAUGAGGUCCCGAGUUCCGUUCCUGGCUUGAUAUGUGCCAGAGUUAGGGUCUGGGCCUCUCCCCCUGGUAGUAAAUAAAUAUUUUUUAAAAUUAAAAGAAAAA